AUGGACUACGUGAAUAAGACGGCAGAAACCACGAUCCCGCUGAUACAUGAAUCCACGAUCAACGCGUUUAUACCUCUUCUGGAGAAGAACCGAGAGUACAUAGAGAAGAUCCCAAGGAAGACGUUUCAGUACGGCCCAACCGCAAGACAUCAGCUCGAUGUUUACUACCCCAUCAGCAAUGCCUCCAAAGCACCCAUCUUGUUCUUUGUAUACGGCGGCGGGUUCUCCAUGGGCAAUCGCGUCUUCCCCGAGCCGCAGUCCCUUGGCUACCCCUGCCUCGGAGCCUACUUCGCUCACAGAGGUUUCGUCACCAUCAUCGCCGACUAUCGACUGGUCCCGAACGUCAAGUUUCCAGGUCCCAUAAAAGACUUGCGGGACGCCUUCCUCUGGAUCUUCGACGACAAGCCCGAGGUGCGCCUCGUGGGUCACCCGGCGCCCGAUGUCGACAACGCCUGCAUCAUGGCCCAUUCAGCCGGGGCCACAUACAUCAGCACUCUUCUCCUCCACCCAGCGAUCCUCUCGCCGUCCGUGCGACCUGGGUUCCUAGCCCGAAUUAAGAAGGUUGUGCUGAAUGCAGGCGCGUAUCACUUCCGCGGUGCCUUCGCGGCCGAUCCGGUAGUCCUUGAGCAAUUAUACGGCAGCCCCGCGGAAAUUCGUGAAAAGGAGCCACUCACCCUCCUCGAGACCGCGUCCACUGAUAUUAUUAAGAGUCUACCGGACAUCUUGAUGAUUCGCGGCGAAAAGGAGCCACAGGCUAUAAUCGACGCAAACGAGGAUUUCAGGAAGGAACUGGAGAAGCACCUAAAGGAGGCUGGCGGUGGAAGAAGCGGGCAGACUGAGGUAAAACUGCUCGUCAACGUAGGUCACAAUCAUAUCAGUUGCCAUUGGGCCCUGUCGUCUGGUGAAGGAGAGGCAUGGGCUGAGGAAGUCAUCAAGUUCCUGAAAGGGUGA